UUGACUUAUAUUAUUAUGUAAUUGAAUUAUCUCUGAUCGACGUCAUCUAUAUAUUAUUAUGUAAUUGAAUUAUAUCUGAUCGACGCGGAACUUCCGAUAAUAACAUUGGUCAAAUACAAAAAAAGACCCUUCUUUAAGAAUCAAGAGCUUCAUUUCGUCACCUUCAUUACCAAAUCCUCACUUUUUGUUAAAUAAAUAUCAUCUGGGUUGUUGUUAAAUCAGGGAGCCAUAAACCAUAUCUGACUUCAUCCUCACUUGAACCAUUCCUCAACCUUAAACUUCUUCUGGUGUUUGAUAGAUAAGAGUACAAAAAUGACUGUGAAAGAUUUUCCUGAAGAAUGUUGGGAAUCAGUGUUCAGAUUCCUUGGCCUUGGUCAUCACCAUUUGGAGUCUCUAUCUCUUGUUUGCAAACAGUUUCUUGCCAUCACAAAUAGGCUUAAAUUCUCUCUCACAGUGUAUGAUCCAACAAUUCCACUCUUUCCUCGGUUGUUCCUGAGAUUUCCAAGGCUCAAAAUCUUAGACCUGAGUCUCCUGAAUGGCCACCAUGAACACUUGCUUCAUCAAAUUUCACAAUCUGGGUUGGACCUUGAUUUGAUCAAUCUAUCCAACCAGAGAACACUUUCUGUUGAUGGCUUGCGAGAACUUGGCUCAAACAUGAGAAAUUUGAGGGCUCUGAUCUGUUCAAACAUUGGCUCUCUUCGUGAUAGUCAUCUGGUAAUCAUAGCUUAUUGUUUCCCAUUGCUUGAAGAGCUUGACAUAAGCUUCCCACUGAAUUCUCAAACAUCGGAUUUUGGAGUUCUAAGGUUGUCUUCUAUGCUUGAGAAUCUUCGCAAGAUUAACAUCUCUGGUAAUCACUUGAUCACUGAUAAAUCACUGUUCUCUCUCUGCCAAAACUGUUUGUCAUUGGAAGAGAUUUCAUUCUUCAUCUGUUUUAAGAUCACUCAAACAGGCAUUGCCUCUGCGAUCCGCCUCAGACCCGGUUUGAGAUCCAUUUCAUUUAACAUCGAAAAGAAAAGAAUACAUGGACCUGGUUUAACACUCACCCCCAUUGACUUGAAUUUGAUUGAUUCAUUCAAGAGUCUGAAAGGGUUAACUGCUAUAGAUUUGUCUAAUUCUGUUAUCUCAGAUGAGUUUCUCUUUGCGCUUGCAGAAGGUGGAGGGCUUCUGCUAAAGCAGAUUACCCUCCAAGAUUGUUGCAAUUGUACAUUCUCAGGAAUCUCUUAUGUGUUAUCCAAAUGCCAAUCUGUGCAAUGCUUGGAUCUUCGGAAAGUUGAUUUUUUAACUGAUGAAUGUAUCAGCAAGUUAUCUGUGUUUCUUCUUAGCCUAACCACUAUAAACCUAAGUGGUUGCUGCCAGCUGACAAAUUCAACAUUUUUCAUUCUCACAAGAAACUGUCCUUUGCUCAGUGAGAUCAAAAUGGAAAGAACCUAUCUUGGGGUGGAAGGAGAAGAAGAUUCAAUGAGGGAUUUUGCUGUGAACCUUGAAGUGAAAAAGGUGUUUUUGGGUGAUAAUGUUUUGCUGAGUGAUGCAAGUUUGCUUAAAUUUGUUUCCAUUUGCCCCAGUUUGCAGAUUCUUGACUUAAUCGGUUGUGAGGGUGUUUCUGGUGAAGGUGUUGUUGAGGUUUUGAAGAGAUGCAUUGAGAUAAGGCAUUUGAAUCUGGCUAAUACAGGAAUGAAAGUGUUUGAUAUAGACUUUGAAGUUUCCAAGCUGAAGGUGUUGAACUUGUCAGGGUCAAGAAUUGAGGAUGAAACUCUCUCAGUAAUUUCAAGAAGGUGUUGUGGACUAAUGCUUCUGGACAUUCAGAGUUGCUGGUUUGUGACAGAAAAGGGUGUUAGAGAAGUGGUAGAAAACUGCAAGACAUUGAAGGAGUUGAAUCUGAAGAAUUGUAGGUUGGUGAGUGAUGAUUUUGUUGAUUGGUUGGAGUUUUCAAAACCAUCAUUGAGAAUAAUAGUUACACCUACUGAUGUUGGUGCUUAUUACUGAUAUGAAGCUGAGGAAAUGAUUGUGAGAUGUGGACACCUUCUUGGUUGGUAGUGUGUUAAGAAUCAUGUGUGUUAAGGGUAGUGCUAUUUUAACCACACAUUCCACAACAAAGGAAAAGGGAAAAUAAAGAGAAGAGACAAAAAAAAAAUGUAAAUAAGAGGGAUGAUUUGAGGGAAAAAAGAAAGUUUUUAUGGGAAUUUUUAUUGUUAGACUAGCAUUGCACUGUUAAUAGCAUUUUUAUGAUAAGUUACAAGUAUUAGUUGUGUUGUGUAGGAAUUUUUUUUGUGUUUGAGGAAAAAAGUUGAGGCAUGUAACAUUUAUGUUGGGAAGAGG